UAAAUUUUUUCCUCCUUCCUCUCUCAUAAUCCCAUUUCUGAUUUUUAAACUAUGGAGCUUCUUCCCUUUUGGAGAAACUCCAGUAUAGCUCAGAGAACUCCAAGAAUAUUAAUACCUGUUUCUUUAACAUUAAUCAUUCUUGGUCUUAUUCCUCUCUACCAUCCUUUUUAUAGGUACCCUGCGAAUUUAAUCGUAGACCAUUCUUCUACUAAAAGUAAGGACCAAAAGAUAAAGAUUACGGAACAGGAUGAUGAAGACACAUGUGAUGUAUUUAUUGGAGAAUGGGUUCGUAAUCCGGACGCUCCAUAUUACACGAACACAACAUGUUGGGCGAUCCACGAGCACCAAAAUUGCAUGAAAUAUGGUAGGCCGGAUACUGAAUUCUUGAAAUGGAAGUGGAAGCCUAAAGGGUGCGAUCUGCCAAUUUUCAACCCCUAUCAGUUUUUGGAUAUGAUGAGAAACAAAUCUAUGGCAUUUAUUGGAGAUUCAGUCGGAAGAAAUCAAAUGCAGUCUUUAAUUUGCCUCUUGUCACGGGUGGAAUAUCCAAUUGAUAUUUCUUAUGACACAGAUCAAAAUUUCAAAAGAUGGAAAUACACAACAUAUAAUUUCACCCUAGAAGCAUAUUGGUCACCAUUUUUGGUCACAGUUAGAGAAUCAGAUCCUGAUGGUCCUAGCCACACAGGACUUUUCAAUCUUUAUCUUGAUGAACCUGAUCCAAAAUGGACUACCCAAAUUGAACAAUUCAAUUAUUUGAUCCUCAAUUCUGCCCAUUGGUUCACAAGGUGCAGUGUCUACUACGAAAAAAAUCAAAUAAUUGGGUGUCAUUACUGUGGACUACCAAAUGUUACUGAUCUCCCAAUAAAUUAUGGCCAUCAAAAAGCACUUAAAACAACACUAAAAGCCAUAAAUAGUUUAGAAAAUUUUAAAGGUGUUACUUUUGUUAGGACAAUUGCACCUUCUCAUUUUGAAGGUGGUGAAUGGAAUAAAGGUGGAAAUUGUGUAAGAAAAAGUCCAUAUAGAAGCAAUGAGACAACAUUGGAUGGUACAAGUUUGGAAUUUUAUAGGACACAAGUUGAAGAAUUUAAGGUUGCAACUGAGGAAGGGAAGAAAAAGGGUAAAAGGUUCAGAUUAUUGGACAUGACACAAGCAAUGUUGUUGAGACCAGAUGGCCAUCCUAGUAGAUAUGGACAUUGGCCAAAUGCUAGUGUGGUUUUGUAUAAUGAUUGUGUGCAUUGGUGUUUGCCUGGUCCUAUUGAUUCUUGGAGUGAUUUCUUGCUUCAUAUGUUGAAGUUGGAAGGAAGGAGAGCCCUUGAAGAAAAUCUUCAAUUGAAAUAAGGUGCCAAAAAAAGGAAGGGGGUAACCUGAUUUUUUAUUUGUUUAAUUAUUUUAUUUAGUUGUUGAUUUGAUUUGAUUUGAUUUAAAGAAGAAUAGUGUUGCUUGACAUGGAUAUAAUAGUUACUUUUUGAGUUUCAUUUUAAAAACUUUAGAAUCUUCGUAAUGGAAGAAACGUUU